AGCGUGUGUCGUGUGUGUAGCGAGUCAGCUCUGUGAAUGAGAUGAAGACGAUCGUGUUCGAUUGGGAGGAAAAGUAACGGAACCACAACAGAGGUGGCGAACUUGGCAAUGCAGAAGUGAGCAAGCUGUGUUGACGCAUAAUCCGGCCCGCCCCGCUGGUACUGGGAGGGGGCAGCAGAGCCAUCCUCGACCUGAACUCAAAUCCUGGAGGAGAGAUUUACGAGUGCGCCGCUGCACCUGGCUUUACGUGACAUUUUUCCUCAUUUAUUUAUUAUUAUCAUUUUUUAUUUUUUUUUUAUCUUUGGGUCACACGCCAUUCACUGGAGAUUAACGUGAAACAGACGACGACAUUUUAAAGCAACGCAAUUGGAAAAAAAAAAAAACUUGCAAGCGCCACCCGGCACCGUUUGAUCACCUGAGUGAGUCCGACUAUUUGAUCGCAGUCGUUCCACCGCAAUGACAAGCGCCCCGCUGGUUCCACGGCCCGCCUGCUGACGGAACCGGGCCAGGAUGGGAGAGAGGUCUGCCGCUGUCAGGAUCCCGAAGCAGCCGAUUCAUCAAUGGAGGAGGAGAGCGACACCCGGAAAAUUAACAGCAGCUUCCUUCGCGACCACAACUAUGCAACCGAAGCUGACAUUAUCUCAACAGUUGAGUUUAACUCAUCAGGGGAGCUGUUGGCCACCGGGGAUAAAGGAGGCAGAGUGGUUGUCUUCCAGAGAGAGCAGGAGAGUAAAAGCCAGCCCCAGCGUCGAGGGGAGUACAAUGUUUACAGCACAUUCCAGAGUCACGAGCCAGAGUUUGACUACCUGAAGAGUUUGGAGAUAGAGGAGAAGAUCAACAAGAUCAAAUGGCUUCCACAGCAGAACGCCGCCUACUUCCUGCUCUCAACCAAUGACAAGACCGUGAAGCUGUGGAAAAUCAGUGGGAGAGACAAACGGCCAGAGGGCUACAACCUGAAGGAUGAUGAUGGACGCAUUAAAGACCCGUCCACCAUCACGUCACUACGGGUGCCAGUUUUGCAACCGAUGGAUCUGAUGGUUGAAGCCACAGCCAGGCGAGUGUUCAGCAACGCCCAUACCUACCACAUUAACUCCAUCUCCGUGAACUCUGACCUCCAGACCUUCAUCUCCACCGAUGAUCUCCGGGUGAAUCUGUGGAAUCUGGAGAUCACUGACCGCAGCUUCAACAUUGUUGACAUCAAACCAGCCAAUAUGGAGGAGCUGACCGAAGUGAUCACCUCAGCUGAAUUUCAUCCCCAACAGUGUCACACUUUCGCAUACAGCAGCAGCAAGGGCUCAAUAAGAUUGUGUGACAUGAGGCAGGCCGCGCUCUGCGACAAGCACUGCAAAUACUUUGAGGAGCCGGAGGAUCCCGCCACACGCUCCUUUUUCUCCGAAAUCAUCUCAUCUAUCUCUGACGUGAAGUUCAGCCACAACGGCCGCUACUUGAUGACAAGGGACUACCUCACUGUUAAAGUGUGGGACCUGCAAAUGGAGAACAAGCCGCUUGAGACAUACCAGGUUCACGACUACUUACGGGGCAAACUUUGCUCCCUCUAUGAAAACGACUGCAUCUUUGACAAGUUCGAGUGUGUCUGGAAUGGAUCAGACAGUGUCAUAAUGACCGGCUCCUAUAACAACUUCUUCCGAAUGUUUGACCGGAACACAAAACGGGAUGUCACGCUGGAAGCAUCUAGAGAAAACAGCAAGCCCAGAGCCAUUCUCAAGCCUCGCAAGGUGUGCGUGGGCGGCAAACGCAGAAAGGAUGAGAUCAGCGUGGACAGCUUAGACUUCAGCAAGAAGAUCCUUCACACGACGUGGCACCCGCACGAGAACAUCAUUGCCGUAGCGGCCACCAACAACCUUUACAUCUUCCAAGACAAGGUCAACUAAAGUGCGCUGACAUGUGCGGGGCGUCGGGUUGUGUUUGUCGAAACACAGAAAGCAGUAUGGAGUCCUGAUGUACAUCCUGGGCCUCCCUGGGGCUUGUCACUGCUAACCUGAUUUGCAUUGAGAAUGUGCAGCGUUUUCCCGCAAGUGGACGUACAGUUCUGGAAUCUUUGGGGACGUGACAAAGUUUUCCUAUCAUUUAAUUUAUUUAGCCAUACGCACACGGACAGAAGGGAAUCCUGCACAACAAGAUUACAGCUGCAUGAGCAACAAGAUGUAGCAAGACCCUGGAGACAAAGAUGGGGGUGUGGAUACAAUGAACGAAACCGAGCACGUGAUAGUAACUCGUUGUCAUGUAGCAAGAGCGCCUCCUCUCUAUCAAUCUGCUGCAGUGCAAGUGAGGCAUCAUUUGGGACAGCACCACCUGCUGCUGCAAAUUUUAAAGGGCAGAAGAAGAGACUUUUCUGCCUGUGACAGACAAGUGAUGAGUCUUUCUACUUUAGUCUGUGGUGUGAAUGAGACUGUUUUUAAUGGUUUUAUUUAUCAAUGAUUGUGGUUAGCUGCUGUGGUGCCUUCUUUUGGUAUGUGGGGGUUCAAUGUAGGGGGUGUGAGCAUCGGGCAGGAGUGUAAAUGUCUCAACUUUAGGGGUUUUGUUUUGUUUCUCGUCUGUCUCUUCAAUGAACAAAAUGGUUUUAUGGCAAAGCAAUGUUUGAGGUAACAAGAAUGACGACGCCUCCAGGGGCUUUAUCACUAAGACGUGUACAAUGUAAGUACAGUACAAGCCUGUCGGCAAUGUGAGGUCGGUUUACAAGUGACAUUAGAAUCUCAUUUCCCUCCUUGAAAUAAUAAAAGCACCAAUUGAUUGACCGAUAAAUGUACAAAGAAAAUAAAGUUGUAAUCUCCCCUUAAAGAAGACAUAAUAUGCAUUUUUUCACAAUUGAAAAUUGUUUCUUGGUGACUAAAUAACUUGUCUCCUUUCAUCAAAAUACAUCAAGAAUCAAGAAUUGUAGGACACACAUUGUACACCUUAUAUGCUGUCUUGCCGUUUUCAGGAGCCUGAGCUUUGCGACUAGCGAGGCUUCAGGGGCUGUCUCUCUCGUCCUCUCGCCGGCGAGAGUGCGCUGUGGCCGGCCCGUGUGUCUGUGUGUGUGUGUGUGUGGGGGGGGCCACACUGGGCUUUAACUCGUGUAGGCAGCGGUUUGUACGCUUUACUGUGUAUGUGGCGCAUGUGAAUUUUCCAUAAUAUGUCCCCUUUAAGAGACAAAUUACAAUUCUAAAAUGUUGCAUGUGAUGGACAACACUUGAUGACAUUUAGAUCAGUUGAACUUCUACAGACCAUGUGGUGCACUCUGUGGGGUCGUAGUUACUUUCUUAAGUCGUGUUUUUAACUCAGAUUGUUUGUCCAUACUUGUCGGAGGAGGGUGGUCACAUGUUGCAGGUUGGAAUUUAGCACCUGUCUGAAGUUUUGUGUGAAGAGCCAGCGUCCACUGAGGUAAGCACUAAAUAAAAAGGUCUAAGCAAACUCUGUGAAAUCAGGGAAUUCAUACUGUACAAACUUUAAAACAAACUUAAUUUGUGAAACUUUUAUAGCUCAGAAUGUAAUAAUACGAAUGACCAUGCAGUCUUCGUGCUUACUGGACUUUUUUUGAUUAUAAAAUGUAAUAAAGAUGUGCAAGUUCAAACCAAA